AGUCACUCAAAAGGGGGAUGGGUUGCUAUGGGCCUCAGUGUAUGAAGGCACAGGGAUUUGAUUUUGCAGGGCAUCAGUACCAGAACUGAGACUAGAAUUACAGUCUGUUCGCUUUGUACAGAAUAAGAAAACGUCGAAGAACUACCAUUUGCAAUGGCUAAGAAAAAUGCAAAAGGAACAGUUAAAAAAGAGGCCAAGCCACAGCUGGCGCAUAAGAAUGGGAAGAAGGCAGAGGCUGGAGGAGGAACCUCGUUCUUCACCUGGUUCAUGGUUUUGGCUCUCCUGGGUGUCUGGACCUCUGUAGCUGUGGUGUAUUUUGACCUUGUUGACUAUCAAGGUGUAAUUGCCAAAGCAAAGGACUUUCGCUAUAAUCUUUCAGAGGUAUUACAAGGUAAACUUGUGUCCUAUGAUGCUGAUGGUGAUGGGGACUUUGAUGUGGAAGACGCUAAAGUACUACUAGGACUGAAAGAUAAGCCCACCAUUGAGAACAGUGAAUCGGUUAAGGCCUCUGCUGAACCUGUGGAAGAAGCUCCAGAACCUAUUGUGGAGGAAGAGAUCCAUGCCAUUAAAGUUGAGGAAGCGGCUCGGCCACCGCCAGAACCAGAGACUGUGGAGGAGGAGGAGCCAGUUGCUGAGGAAGAACCUCUGGCAGUAGACGAAGAGCCCACUGCUGCAGACGAGGAAGUAGCAGAGGAGGAACCAGAGAUUGAAGACGAGCAAGAAGUUCCUGAGGAAGAACCUGAGGUUGUGGAGGAAGGGCUAGAGGUUACAGAGACUGUUCCAGUUGAGGAAGAGGCUUUUGAGGAGGCAGUGGAAGAGCUUGCAACAGAGGAAGAGGUCAUACCAGUUGAAGAACCGGUUGAGGAAGCUCCAGUGGAAGAAGCAGUUGAGGAAGAAGCUGCACCAGUGGAAAAGGAUUCACCAGUUGAAGAGACAAUAGAAGUAGAAGAAGAUGCACCAGAGGAGGAGGCAGUAGAAGUAGUUGAAGAGGUAGCAUCGGUGGAAGAAGCAAUUGAGGAAGUAUUGGAGGAAGGGGGUGCACCAGUGGAGGAGGCAAUAGAAGUAGUAGAAGAGAAUGCACCAGUGGGAGAAACGGUAGAGGAAUCUGCACCAGUAGAAGAACCUGUUGAGGAGCUUGUACCAGUAGAAGAAGCUGCAGAUGAGCUUGAGCCAGUAGAAGAAGCAGUUGAGGAGCUUGAGCCAGUAGAAGAAGCUGUGGAGGAGCUUCAACCAGUAGAAGAAGCUGUGGAGGAGCUUCAACCAGUAGAAGAAGCUGUGGAGGAGCUUCAACCAGUAGAAGAAGCUGUGGAGGAGCCUGAACCAGUAGAAGAAGCUGUGGAGGAGCUUGAACCAGUAGAAGAAGCUGUGGAGGAGCCUGAACCAGUAGAAGAAGCUGUGGAGGAGCCUGAACAAGAAGAAGCUGUGGAGGAGAUUGUACCGGUAGAAGAAGCAGUAGAGGAACCUGAAAUAGCAGAACAAGUGGAAGAAGUAGAAACAUCUGAAGAGACAGUCCCUGUAGAAGAAACUGUAACGGAAGAGGAACUUAUAGAGGAAACGAAUGAGCCAGUUCAGGAAGAUGAGGAAGUACAAGACUCCACAGUGGAGGAAACAGAGCUGGAGGAAGAGAAUAUGGAAGAAGAGGAGGAUGCAGAUGCUGACGAAGAGCAAACUGAGGAAGAGGAAAUUAACCACACAGCAGAACAAUUUGAAGAAGAGCCCACAGAAACAUAAAAUAUUAGGCAUUAUGUAAGAUGCAGAGAGGACCAGCACCACAUGGCAUUCCACUGGAAGUGUGCAGCUGCCAAUUCCCACCAUGGAGUAAAAACAAAAGAGAAUGCUACCAUUACCCUUUCAUUUUCCUGGAUUUUUUUUUUUUUUACACUCAAGCCUUUUUGUUAAUUGAUAAUGCAGUCUCUUGUGUACAAGUACACAUUUAUUUGAAUGUUUUGUCAACUUUUGUUUGGUGGUUUGACCCCCCCCCCCCCCCUCCCCCUCCCCCCUCCCCUUUCAAAUCCCUAUUUUGUAAUUACAGACAAAGCUUUUUUCCCUAUCCUCUAACAUAGAUGUGAAGUAGCCAUUUUUUAAAUGAUCAUGGAUGAUAGUUUGGUUGUAGUUUCCUAUGUGUACAAACACCUUCAUGUUGCUUUGUAGCUCAGAGAUCUUCACAUUCAUCAGUCUCUCUCUUCGUUAAAUCUGACUAUUUGCUUUAAUGUGAAGGUACUAUGCAAAGCUGCACUGAUCUUUUGCUAUUUACCCUUAGGUUUUGUACUACCAAUAUGUAUUGAGUCUACAUUUCCAAUGUUGCAUAUCAAGGACAAGUUUAUGCUGGCAGGUUAACCAAGAUAAUUGCUAUGUGAAAUGUGUGUGAAUGGGCGUGCAUGUGCAUGUUUGCGUGUCAAUUUGAAAAUUCAUGUUUAACUUCAUGCGAAGCAAUCAUUUGAGCCAUUUUCCUCACUAGUAUGUUUUCAUGGUCUUUUCCUAUGUGUGUUUUCAGUGUAUGGUCAGCAUUUAAGUACCUCUGUUGAUAUUUUCCUCGAUACUGUAACUGUUUUGCAUUUCUUCAUAUUUAGGAAAUUUCACAUUUUUAAAUUCAGAUGCAUAGGUCUGUCCCCAUCAAAGUUUUUUUUAUUUAUAAUCAUGCCUUUUUCAGUAAAUCGUGUUUCGUAGGCUCAUGAUUUGACAAGCUCUAUUUCAGGCAGACACUCCAGCUGCUGUGCAGUAUGCGUAUGAGAAACGGUGUUUAUUGGGAUUGUCAUCUUGUGUAAUAACUGGUGAAGGAUUCCCAUAUAAAUAUGGAGCAACCUACAAAAUGUUUUAUUUUUAUAGCAGGGUAAAGAUUUUUCCUAGUGCUUUUUGUGGGGCAUCACAAGUUGGUAUGUGCUAAUUCAUUUGUCAAAUGUAAUGCACUGCCUAUGUAUUGACUUCUCAGUGCAUUUAUUCUGGCCUUUUCAACUGUUGCAGGCACAUCUGUAAGAAUACAAUAUAGAAACAACACAGUUUUGUUGUUUUACAUUGAAAAAGGAAAGAUGACUGGUAUUUUGUCACAAUAAUAUCGCAGCAAGACAAAAUUUGUUUGUAUUUACUAUUAAUGUUGUCAUGGUUUUUAUUACAACAAUGUAGCUUUCACCCUUGAUGCAGAGUAAAUGGUUAAGAAACUGAAAACAGGUUUGAUCUUUUAAAGGAAACACAAUUCUGGCUCCUGAAUUGUUUCACUGUGGAUUCAUUUUUUUUUUUUUUUCUUUUCAUUAUAAUGUUGUAUGUUACACUGUGGUUUUACGGGGCCUGCCAGAAUAGAUGUUGUUUUUGUGCUAGACUUUAGGAAAUGCUGCAAAUCUCUUCAAUGGUUUCAUAACAUACAAGUGGCUGCAAUGUAGUUUUUAGGGAUUUCUUUUUCUACAACACUAGAGGGUGUUUUCGACCCCUAACACUUUUGAAGUCAAUGUGAAUUUUUAAAGUGGUAUUAAUUUCUUGUUUAGGAUUUUUAAGGAUUUCUUUUAUUUAGGAUUUGACUUUUUUUUUUUUUUUUUUUUUUUUUUUUUUUUUUUUAGUCAAAUUGAAUUAAUUCUACAAAAGUGUUAACUUCUCAAAGCCAUAUGUGAAAGGUUGGGGUAUAGCAGCCUUUGGUCGUGCUCUAAGGGACAGACACCUCACAACCAGCAAUAACACCAUUUGUACAGGGGGUAUUUUUUUUAAUGAAAUCCACAUACAGAUGGUUACUCAAGGCUUUCUAUUCAGAGGUUUACAUGAAAUCCUGCUGUAUAGGCUAACUCAUUUUAAGUUAUUGAGGCAUUGCAAUUAUAGGGAGUUUUGGGUGACACAAAUCUGUAAACAACUGUAAAUGUUUUGUUUUGAGUGCUGCAAUAAAGAUUGGGACAACAAAGUCAAAUAGUAA